CGGCUUUGGACGAGUGCUAGCGACGGAGUCUGCGCACUUGGGACACGUCGCCGCGGGGACGUUGGAGCUUUGACAGACUGAGCCCGAAUCGAAAGCCGGUGAUUGGCAGCUCCUCGUGGGCUGGAAUGUUGGCGUUCACAGAAUUCUUACAGAAUAUAAUAGAAUAGAAUCAAAGAAACUGAAUGGCUUGUAAGUGAAGGAAGGAGUCAUGUCAGAAGAUAUCCGGAAGAGACUUGAUUUUCCAAACACUCUUAUACAGUCACAGACUGUGGGCCAUCUCGUUGCAGCAGUGCUGAAAGAGAAUGUUUUGUCAGACAAGAUAAGCCAGACCACCAACCAGAGCCCUGCCUUGAACUUGCUCUGGGAAAAGUGCUGCAGCAACAAUGUGGUGGUCCAGAUGGCAUGCUGUGAGGCGCUGGUUACUUUUGUUGUACAAGGGCAUGCAGAGUUCAGCUACGUUCUUAAUGGGGCUCUCAACCUGAUUCCCUCUGCCAGGAAUGCCCAUGGUUUGAUUAAAAUCGUUGUAAAACUACUGCAGAUGCAAGCCUUGAAGGAGACAAAAAGUGGAGAGGAGCAAACAUUGGACUUAUAUGCAAUCAGAAACUCUCCUCAUCCCCUGAUUACCAUUCUUGAAAACAGACCUGACUGCUGGCCCAUUCUUCUGCAGCACAUGACAACCUUUUUCCAACAAUGCCCAGAAAGUAAAGAAAGUGCCUGUGUUUCUAUAAUGAGGCCAUUUCUGAGAUACCUGUUCUGUGAACCUUGCCAGUUGCGGGAACAUGCUGAGUUACGGAUGGCCCUACUUCGAGUCUUGCUUCAGUCGCGAGGGCCUAGGAACAAAGAAGAACCCAAUGCCCUUGAGUGCCACCUCCUUCAGCUGCUUUGUGAUUUGGUUCCGUAUUUUCAGGUAAAAGAUCUGUCACAGGUCACAGAAACACUUCUUUUUCUGCAGGAAUUAUUUCAGAGUCUCCUGCGUUUCCCUAAUGUUUGGAAACUCCAGUUAUGCCAGCUCUCCCUGCAACUACUGUGUUUCUGUGAGGUUUCCCUGCAGCUCACAGGGGAAUGUUCAUCUUUAAUUUGCUUAAUGGAAGAAAAUAUGGAACUUCUUAAAGAGGGGUUUCCAUUUGAAAUGGCUAUAAUUGGAUUAGGCUUGCUUCUGUUGCAGACUCCGGCCAGUCAGCAAAAGCCAAUCUUAAAACUAGCCAUCAAGAUCCUUUCCUGUCCUGAAACCAAGAAGACUCAGACAGCAGCCCUUAUCUUGGUGAUGCCUGCAUUACAGAUCUUAUCCUCAACAGCGGUAGAGGAGUACAUGACUGAGAAGGAUGGAGGCGCCACUAGACAACAGUUGGCCAUUAAUCUUCUAGAAAUUGUACAGCAAGAAGAACUGAAAGAGAAAAAGCAACCGGUCUGUUAUGCCCACUUCUUCCCCAUAACCAGUGUUUAUGGUUCAUUGCACACAACUUGGAAAAUCCUUGGGCUUCUGAGAGAGAAUUCUGCCACAUCUGAGUGGUUAUCUUCUGUGAGGUCAAUGCUGCCCAUUACAACCCAGGUCCCUGUCCACGUUUUCCUUCUGCUAGCCUACCUCUUGGUUCAAGAAAAUGGAGAUAACCUUUGUGGUGUGCUAGCUGCUGCUACAGAAAUUGCCAAAGCAGAUUCAUCUCAGGUGCCAAAUCUGAUUCCCGUCUUGAUGUUUAAGUUGGGAAGACCACUGGAGCCAACACUGUGCCGGAAUAUCUUGUAUACAUUGCCUGCUUUGGGUGUGCACAAGGUCUGUGUGGCACAGAUUUUACGUGCACUGCAGGUGUUGGGAAGCACGCCAACGCUUCAAGCUGUUACAUUACGACUGAUGACAUCUUUAUGGGAGAAACAGGAUCGAGUUUAUCCAGAGCUACAGAGAUUCAUGGCAAUGUCUGAUAUGGCUUCUCUGUCUGUCAGCAAAGAUACUCAGUGGGAAAAGGUGGUUGCCAAAGCUGCUUCUAUCAGAGACAUAUGCAAACAAAGGCCCUAUCAACAUGGAGCAGAUAUGUUGGCUGCAAUUUCCCAAGUUCUGAAUGAAUGCACAAAACCUGACCAAGCCACACCUGCUGCUUUAGUCUUACAAGGACUUCAUGCACUUUGUCAAGCUGAGGUUGUUUGUAUUCGCUCUACAUGGAAUGCACUCUCACCAAAGUUGAGUUGCGACACUCGACCACUCAUUUUAAAAACACUGAGUGAGCUGUUUUCCCUCGUCCCAUCAUUAAUGGUGAAUUCAAAUGAAUAUGAGAAAUUUAAAGCUCAAGUUGUCAGCUUCCUAUGGAAUCACACACAGAAUAAGGAUCCUGUUGUAGCUACUGCUGCAUACAAAUCUCUCUCUGAAUUUGGAUCAGAAGAACAUACCAUCCUUCAUCUUCCUGAACAGACAAGGCCAGAAAAAGACCAUCAAGAAGUGGAAGACAUAAAUGAAGAGGAGGACGAGGAAGAAGAGGUGGAUCUCUCUGUUCCUGGUGCCUCAUAUAUCAAACUGUUAUUGCUCACUCCCCCUCCUGUUUUGCCAGCAUUUGAAGAGUUUGCAGCAUCACUGGUGAAACAGGAGAUAGCCAACAUGCCCCGUGGAAUAUACCAUUCUGCUCUGCGCGGAAGUGCCAUGCAAUCUGACCAAGGGAAGACUGUACUGGGUGUUCCAAAUUUUAUACUAAAAAUGUAUGAGAGGAACAAGCAGCCAGGGCUAAGGCCUGGCCUUGCAGCUGGCAUGCUACUAAGUUAUGACCUCCCAAUCCAUGUGGGUAAGGAUGGUAAGCCCAUCAGUCGAUUUCUAGCCAGCAGGGGACGCAAUUUCCACCAAACGUUAACGGCUCUCCUCCACGAGGUAAACAUUCAGCCUUCAGAGUGGCACCGCUCUCUGCUAUUGCCUCACUCCUGGGCAGGAUUUAUGGAAAGGACAUAUCAUGCGAUUUUACAGGGAAGGCAAGCCGAGCUGGAGAUGCAGUUAAAGCAUGGAAAAGAGGGACCCGAAGAAGUGCAAUACAAACAAUUUACGGCCUGGCUCUGGGUCAGGGAUAUGCUGACUGAUGUAAUCAAGGGAGCUUCAAAAGAAAGCCCAGUGGUAAAAGGGAAUUGUCUCCUAGCCUUAACAGGUCUUGCAGUUGUAGUAUCCAAACAUGAGAAAGGGCUUUCGUCAGACAUGGAAAAACAAUUUGAUACUGAGCCAGACUUUCUUCUGACAAAGCACUGGAUCUCCAUGGUGACUGAUACAUUACUUAGCAUUGUAGAUAGCCACUAUCGCCCUCAAGGCCAGGUGUUCCCGUGGUUUUACCAGAAAUCCUAUUCUGGUGAAAAUACGGCGAGUGCUAUUGCUCGUUCCUGUGCUGCGACUGCUUUGUCUCUGUUGGUGCCGAUUUUUAUUGUAUCCUACAAGGAAAAGGUGGAGGAAAUCCUGAAUUUACUGAUUGCCCUGUUACCUGGGAAACCAAAUGCAGAUGAGUCUCAGGCUGUUCAAAUCCACAUGGGGCUUGCUUUGGGGAUGUUUAUUUCACGGCUCUGCGAAGAGAAAGUCAGUGAUAUCUUUGACAAACAAAUGAAUCCCUUGUUGAUGAACUCCCUGAAUGUGUUAGAGGACUGCUGCUUUGACCCAACUCUAGAGUACAAUACUGGCUGCAUCUUGGGAGUAGGACUUGUUCUCUCACUGAUGUGUCGCAGCAACCUAACAGAAUCCCAAGAUCACAUCAGGACCACUUUGCAUAAACUUUACAAAUACUUGGAUGACGCAGAAGACCAAAGCAGAACCUUUCAGGAAAUUCUUGCCUACGCAAUUUCCUGUGCCAGCAUUUCCGCUUUUAGUGUUAAAAUCAUUGAAGCCACGGAAGCUGAGGAGAUCAUGAACAAGUUGCAGAAAUUGACUGAAUCUAAUCAGCAGACUGCUGGCUUUGCUUUGGCAUUGGGGAAUAUUGUUCACGGACUAUCAGUGUGUGGACAUGGAAAAGCAGAAGACCUCGGUAACAGAUUGUUUCCUGCCUGGAUGAGAAUUUUACUGGCUGAGGGAGCUCCAACAAUGCAACGCCUUGCAGCAAUCAAUGGGCUUGUGUCUGUGGUAGGUUCUGAAGGAACAAUGAUACAGUUGAAAACUGAGGCUAUCCAGUCUUCGCAGUUUCAAAGCAAACUUAAUGAAAUUAUCAGAACACUAAGCCAGAUAAUCAGCUUUUCUGGAGUGAUUGGCCUUCAAACAAAUGCAGCAUGGCUUUUGGGACAUUUGUACCUCUCUACUGUGUCUGCAACUUGUAGUCGCACAUCUGUUCCUCCAGAUUUUAGCUAUCUUCCUGAGAAAAGCUUCCUUCGAGCAGCCAUUGACUUUGUGAUUGAAGCUGGAAAAAAAGGUCCUGAAAAAGUUCAACCCAGUUUAGUAAAGGCAGCUAUGGUUCCCAUAGCUUUGAUUGGAGAAAAGUACCAAUAUCCACCCGUAAACUGGGCAGCUCUUCUUUCACCUCUGCUGAGAUUAGAUUUUGGAGAUGAGGUACAGCAACUCUGCAUUAAACUGGCUGUGACCCAGGCCCAGUCAUCUCAGAACGCAGCAAUGCUUUUGGGCAUGUGGGUAGCACCACCACUGGUAUACAGUUUAAGUAUCCAAGCAAAGAGAUACGUUUUCACUUCCUUACCUGUGUGGGUGAAAUAUGUUGCGGAUGACAAGCUGCAGGCUUUCACUGAAAUAUUUAUGGUGCAGCAUUUUGACACAAAGAAACAGGCAAAAAAUCGGGAGCUUUGCUGGGACAUUCUGCAGGGGCUCCAUCAAGCCAUGAAACUUCCUAACCCUGCCCAAGGCAAUUGGAGCUGUCUUUGUAAAGCUACUGAGAGGAUAUUUGAACUUUUGCCAAAUGAGAUUCGGCAAAAUGAGGUGAAGAUGUAUAUAAAUUCCGCAAAAUGCCUUUCAGAAAUGACAGAUACAGAGGUUGAUCAAAUUACUCAAGUCUCCAAGAACAAUUUGGAAAAGAUCACUUUUGUCAAGCUUUAUUUAGUUUCUCAAGGCAGAUUUCCUUUGCUCCGAUGGAAUGAUGUGAUUAGUACUGCUGCUGGGUGCCAAGAGAAAGAAACCAUUGUGUGGAUGCUACUGCACAGCUUCUAUCAUGCACGAAUUGUGAGCCAUGAAAACACCGGAGUCUUAAAGAGAAUGGAGUGGCUCUUGGAACUGAUGGGAUAUAUUAGAAACGUUUCCUUGAAAACGACAUCUGUACCAAAUGUGGCUCCCAAAGAGGCUCUCAGUUUCCUCGUAUGGAUCUUUGCUGCUGCUGUGGUCGCCUGGGCUGAUCAUGCUGCACCUCUGCUAUUUGGUCUCAAUGCCGACUGGUCCCUUUGGGAAGGGAAAGCAGUCCCAGGAGUGUCUCCAAGUUUAUUGGGAAGGCAGCCAAUAGAUAACUUAGCUGUCCAAGAGACUCUCACCCUUCUCCCAGGGAGCCUACAAACUCUGUUGUCCAAAGAGCCUUGGAAAGAACAGACACAUAAGUUUUUUGACUGGCUGUUCAGCAUAAUGGAGGCAUCCAGUGAAGUACUGUCUAAGUCUUCUAGAGAUCUUUUGAAAGCUUCCCUGCUGGCCCUGAGGUCUUUCCCUGAAUUCAAGAAGAAGGCAAUAUGGACAAAGGCCUAUGGAUGGUAGCCCAUACAUCUCACUUUCACUUUGGUCAAAGAAAUGAGAGAAAAGAUACAGCAUGUUAAAAUAUGCCAUGCCAAAGACCAUACAGGCCGUGGAGUCUUAUAGGUUUUCCGUUCUCCAGAUAUCAUUUUAAGAAUGAUCUCUGGAGGAAGAUACUUAAAAGUGCUAGCUUUUAAUUAUCUUCUUGAUUUAUUAGAAGCAAGGGCUUACUAAAUUUGUAAAACCUUUAUUUACAUUUGACAGUUUUAUUUUUUUUAGGCAUAAAGCGUGGCCUGAAUGCUGACUUCAGGAUAGUUUAUGAUACACUGGAUGAAAAGUGCCUGUGAUCUAUGACAAAAUAAAAACGCUGCCUUGAAUUAAUAA